AUGAGUUCGUUAUCUUCAUUAGCAUCAACGUCAAGUAGUAAAAAUUGUGGAAGAUCUUCAAUACGAAGAAAAACAUUAUUGAGAAAUCAUCACAAUUAUUCAUUAGAAGUAAUAGCAUCACAACCACCUCCAGAAAUACAAGAAAAGCAAAGAUUAGAAGGAAACAUAUUAAAUACACUCGCUACAUUUACCUCUUUUAUUUCGUCCAAAAAUCUAAACAAUGAACCCAAAGCAAAAGAGAAUCAGAAAAAGCAAAGAAAAUGGUAA